AGGCGAGGCGAGGCGGCCGGCCCGGCGGGCACGCCAUUUUGCCGUUCCACCCCUCGGAGCCGCGCGAUUUAUACCGUGCGCCCCACCGCCUUUUACUACCCAACCCACACCCAGCGCCUGGCUUUCUCUCCUCGAUUCCACCCACCCACCUCUCACCGGAUCUCCCUCUCGGCUCUCCCUCAUCUCCGAGCACCACCACCAAACCCUAGAUCUCGCACCGGCAGCGGCAGCCAUGGCCAAGCCCUGGGGAGGCGUCGGCGCUUGGGCGCUGGACGCCGAGCGGGCCGAGGAGGAGGAGCGCGAGCUCGCGGCGGCCAUCCCCGCGCCCGAGCCGCUCGCGGCCGCGGGAGGCACCGCCAGCUUCCCCAGCCUCAGCGAGGCCACCGCGGCCGGCGGGGGCAAGCAGAAGAAGAAGAAGAAUAAGGGCACCACACUGUCGCUGUCGGAAUUCACCACCUACGGCGCGCCGCAGCGCCGCGCCGCCCCCGUGGAGCCGAGGGGGCUGACCCCGCAGGAGAUGAUGAUGCUGCCCACGGGACCGAAGGAGCACUCGGAGGAAGAGCUGGACCGCUCCCGCCUCGGCGGUGGGUUCCGCUCCUACGGCUACGGGGGCGGAGAGCGCCGCGGCGGGUUCGACGACGACGGCCGCCACGGGCCGCCCGGCAGGGGCUCGGAUCUCGACAUGACCUCCCGCGCUGACUUGGCCGACAACUGGGGGACGAAUAAGAAGUUCACCCCGGCUGCCAGCGACUCUGGCCGUCGUGAUAGGUUCGGCGGGCCUUCCCCCCUCGGGCGUACUGAUGACAUUGAUGAUUGGUCGCGCGACAAGAAGCCGCUCCCAUCACGCUACCCUAGCCUCGGUUCUGGCGGUGGCUUCCGUGACUCCACGAGCUUCCGAGACUCACCGGGUUCCUCUGAUUCUGACCGUUGGGUCCGUGGUGGUGGCUCCGUCACCUCUAUGCCACACAACAGCGAGGGUGAGAGGCCGCGCCUCGUUCUUGAUGCACUGAAACGUGAUACCUCAGCUACUUCUACUCCGCUUGCCGAGGUGGCACGCAACCGGCCGAGUCCAUUUGGGGCUGCAAGGCCCCGGGAGGCUGUGCUGGCUGAGAAGGGGCUGGAUUGGAGGAAGGUUGACAGUGAGAUUGAGCAGAAGAAGACUAGCCGGCCUACCAGCUCGCACUCAAGCAGACCAAAUAGUGCACAUUCGUCCCGCCCUGGGAGCCCUGGGUCGCAGGUUUCAGCAGUUGGGAGCGAGGGAGCACCAAGGGCACGGCCAAAGGUAAAUCCAUUUGGCGAUGCCAAGCCAAGGGAAGUGGUGUUGCAGGAGAAAGGUAAAGACUGGAGGAAGAUUGACCUUGAGCUGGAGCAUCGUGCCGUAGAUAGGCCAGAGUCGGAUGAAGAAAGGAUUUUAAAAGAAGAAAUUAACCUUCUGAAGGUGGAUCUGAAAGAAAUUGAGGAAAAGAUAAGUGAUAGUUCUGACCAAGCCUCCCUGGACGAUGCAAAAAAAAUGUCGGAGAAGAUAUCUCAGCUGGAAAGGCAGCUGGAGCUGCUUACAGUGGGGUUGGACGACAAGAUUCGAUUUGGGCAAAGACCUAGUUCUGGUGCAGGCAGACCUAGUUCUGGUGCAGGCAGGGUUACAACAUUUCCACCAACUAGUUUAGCAGAGGAAUCACAAGCUACAGUGUCCAUCAUGGACAGACCGCAUUCUCGUGGUGGUAUGGAACCAAACUCAAAUCCAGUUGAAGUAAGAUGGGGAUUUCAAGGUAGCAGAGAAAGGGGCUCUUUUGGUGGAAGCAGAAGUUCAGACAGGUCAACAACAAGGCAGAGAUGGUGAAAUUCAGACUUUGAGCAUCUGUUAAGUGUUCGGGAAACUUCUGGCUCCCGGUCCCUUUUUUGCUUUGAAAGGAUGGGCAAAUAAGUCAUUUUCUUUUCGUCGUGUUUGUUUGAUCUAGAAGAUUGGAGAGGAUGGUGAUACCUCCUCAAGAAGCUGUUGAUUGUCACUUCUCUGUGAUGUAGGAUGUUUUCCUUUCCUUUUUUGUGAUCUUCCAUGUCAAAACGAGACCCGGCAACCAUAAUGCUAACUGUUAUUCAUGCUUACUGAAUUCAAGUUCA